AUGAACCGACGAGUCAAGCUAGUUUCAGUGGAAGGAAUUCAGAAACGCAAGACCCCAGAAAAAAAUUAUGUAAGUAUUACAAACUGGUUAGUUAGUAAAUCACUAAAUGGAUAGCAAGUUCCAUAAUGUCUUAAUCUUGUUUUCAAUUUCAACGAAAUUCAGCACCAGAAAACCUUUCCUUUCGUCGGACUUUGGACUUUCCUUGUCCAAAUAUAUUUUGCUAUUACCGUCGAUAUAAUCAAUGAUGAGAUUGAAAGGGCACAGGCUGUUGUUGCCCCAGCAAUCAGGAUAACAAAUGAUGCGUGCAAUUACCAUUAACAACCCGAUAUAUCCAAAGCAAAUAAAUGUCUCUCUAUUUUUCAUCUAACUGUUGCUGGUUUAAUUUAUGGCUCAUCAGUACACACAGGCAAUUACUACGGUCAAACCGCACCAAAAAAACGUACAUCAAUUACUUAAUUGUAUGGAAUGGCUGCCUGUUGUUUGUGUAUUAGAUGUUACUUGUUUUCUCACAUUCAUCAUGAGAUAGAUGUUGAAGAACUUCUUUGGCUUUUUAGUGUCAAAGGGCUUAAGAAAUGUCCUAAAUACAAAUGCUAAUUUGCUCCCCUCUAGGUUUACAUCCUUAAAGUGCUGUGGUCGGACGGAAGUAUUAACAUCAUCUACAGACAGUGCAGUGAUUUCUUCUUUCUACAGGUUGAAAACAUGAUAAGUAUCUUACAUAAAUUUCUUUUCCUUGUGGGGCUGUUUUAGACGUUGUAUUUCUCAUGGACUGUGUCUAAUGCAAAUUGAGGGCUAUGAAUUUAUCAUGGUUUUAUUACCAGAACUACCGUCAAAAGUUUUCACUGUUUAACCCCCCAUAAAUAAUGCCUUUACUUACUUGCUUACUAAAUGAACAAAUAGACUUUGCUCAUAAGCAUUAUAUUUGGCACAGUGACGUUUGACCUAACAGAGUCCUUAGAAGGCAAAGUUCUCUUCCGCAUUCUCUAAGCAACAAUUUUUCUUGAUCAUGAUGACUGAGCCCGUCGUUGACGUGUGUCCUUUAUUCAUAGAAAAUCUGGUAACAAAGGGCUGAUAUCCGUGCCAGCAUUUUUAACUCGUGAAUACCCGAAGGGUACCAUUUACGAAGUUAGCACUUUAGGUUGAGAUGUGCAAAUGAGUCACUCACUCGAUGUAGACGAUCAGCUUCGGUUCCGAAAUCAGAGGCAUUGCUGCCUGAUAUGUAAACGACAUAUCGUCAUUGUUGCCUUAUAAGUGCAGCCAAAGUGAACACUUUUUAAAAGCGUGCAUUUGGUCACGUCACCUGGUGGGAGAACCCUACGAGGUUAUCACGCUCUGAUUCGCUGCGGAAACGUCAACGCUCGCUGUUGAGUUUAUCAGUUCUGAAGGCUGUCACAGCCGUAUUUACACUGUAUGCUACGAGUAUCUCGAUCAUAAGCACUUCUGGGACGGUUUGAAUUUCCAGUAAGAUGAAAAAUUAUACGUGUUUUUUGUUUAUUUUUGAGUACCCUAAACUUUGCGGUGUCUCCUAACUAAAAAGGACUACCAUUGGUUAAUUCUUGGUCUUGUGGGCCACCAGUACCUCAAGUUCACGAGUGAGAAUAGUUGCACGGUAAGUUCUUCCGUUAUAACGAACAACGGAAGAACUAAAACUCGCUGGAAUCACGCUAAAACGUCCAACUUCAUGAAUAACGGAAGAACUAAAACUCGGCGCAUGAAUCGCGCUGAAACCGCCAAAAAUGUUUAGAACGCGCUAUUAAUAAGGCAAAGAGACAAGUUCAGAUGGUUUAUAUAAAUUUUUAAUGCUGGUUUUGUGCCCUAAAUAACGAUCGCUAAAAUCCCCAUACAAAACCCAAUAAUAUUUCUGUUACCCAACGAUUGUCACUCGUGAGCUUGGGAUCGAUCAACAAAUGUACUCCGCUCCGGAUUCACUAGUACGUGAUCAAGGCAUGGUGGAAAGUGGUGUGACAGAAGGUGGGAAUAAAACUGCCACUUUGACUUUCGUGGAUGAACACAACAACACCAGUAUGGAAUUAAAGUUCUGUUGCAAUAAAGCUUGAAAAGUACAGACAUUGUUCUAAUUGUUUUGAUUGAUUCUGUUGUCACUGUUUGAAGCGAAAGUCUAGGAAUAAAACCAAACACCUAAUGUCAGGUCACUCAGGAAACCAGUUUGUUUUGUUUUCCUGCGAGUCCUGAAGUUUCGUCGAGGGAAACACCAGGACUCGAGGGAAAACAAAGUCAACUGUAACUGUUCCUUAUUUUUUCCGACAAGUAGUCAGUCGAUUUUUAUUUAACUACUUUGCCAACACAUUAUCUAAGUUGGCGGCCAAAUUAAUAAAAGUAAUCUUGCUCCUCAAUGUUAACGAGAUACCUAACAUCAAAGUUCCACUGAAACCGACUGGAUUUUAACUUAUAAAACACAAAGUUGGGUCAUGAGCUAUAUUAAAACUAUAUGCAAAGAGGGAAUAAAGUUAUGUUAUUUUGCUGAAAAUAAUGAAAAUGUUUCCUUUAGGAAAACCUCAAAAAAGAAUUUCCGAAGGGCUCUGGCAGAGAAAUUCCCAUGUUAAAAGGUAAGGGAAAAAAUGACCUUACUGAAAGAUUCCCAAAUUAAUUGUUCAUAAGUAACGAGUAAAGGGUUUAGUUGGUAAAGAAACUAUGGUGUCACUUUGUCGUGGGAAGAAAUCUGAAGAAGUGACUUCAGCUUAUAUAUCUUUUUACUCUAGUAACUUGUAUGACUAUAUCAACUCAUUCAAUUGACACAAAUUUUUGUUUACUGACUAUGGUCAUAAACAUUUAGAAUAUCUGCGGUCAAGUUACAAAACUGGCCAACAUGCAAUUUUGUUUGAUGUUGUUCUUUUUCAGGAAGAAAAUUUUCUGAAAACUGCCAGUUUUGUCUCAAGGACGGAACAUGCAAACGAAGACAAUCUUUAAACAAUUAUUUUCACGUGAGUAUAGAGACAAGAUGAUACCAAAUUAUAAAAUUGUUGACAUCUACAUUAUCCUUAAGUUACUGCUGGCUUAUUCUCGGCAUUUUUUUCCGUGUUAUUUAUAAGGACCUUAUCAACGCUCCUGAUGAUAUUUCAAACUGCAAAGCUGUCCUUCUCUUUUGCCGGGCUCGCCUCAGUGAUUUGCGUCCUCAUGGAACGUAAGCGAACAUAAGAGAGGUUAAGCAUCAUGUUUAUGUCAAACAGCAAACACGAAUUUGUGCCACGUGACCAAGUUUCCCCAUUACUUGUCGUUUACUGUUCAAUUUUUCUGCACAUAAAUUAACAGUUUCAGGCAAUUUUUUAUCCAUAAGAAUUGUUUUGUGCUGUUUUUAUCUGCUCAUUUUCUAUUUUGAGAAAUUCUCAACUUGAAUUGCCAUAUACGUGAAGCUUAAACUUUAUUUUAUUUUUGAUCCCUCAUAAUUUUCUCUCUGAUCCUAGAUAUAUUGAUUUUAAUUGAUGUCAUUACCAACAGCAUCAUUAUAAUUAUUAUUGUUUUUACCGGUGUUUAUCUCCGUCAUUACCAUCGUCAUCUUCAUCGUCAACAAAGACUUUAUUUCAAGUGUUAAGUUCAAUAAUUUCAAUUUAAUUCAGUUAAAUUAAUAUCGAGGGUAAUCUUUUUUCUGUCUGCGUAACAGUUAGACAAGAUAAAUUAAAUGAUGGCGAAUUUGAAUUUGGUGAUGAAAAGUCAGGAAAAGUGCAUGAUUAAAUUGUUACAAAUGGAGAUAAAACAGAAGGAUUGUUAUACAUAUGUUAAGCCACAAAUUGUGUAAGUCUUCGUUUCAUAUUGUGUUUCAUACUUGUUUCAUUUUCAGAUCUAACAAAACUAAUGACAAGACCAAUGAAAGUAAGUGACUAUAAUCUUUUUCCCUAGGAGUGACGUAGGCCAUUUUUGAUAUGAGAAAAGUCCAUGUAUUCUCAUUGCCAGGGCAAGUCGCCAACAUGCUAACUAGGAUAAGUAACUACACACACUUUGAGAAGAUGAUGCGGUGGCCAAAGUGCUUUCCAUGUAUGUAAGAGGGACUUUCUAUGUGUGAAUUCAAUUUUACUUUUCCUGUUUUAUUGCAGGUAAUGAUCCCGAAAAUGUUGAGAUAUCAGGACCUGUGGUGUUUGAACAGUACAUAGUCAUUGCUGACUACAAAAAGAAGAACAAGAACGAUAUUUCACUU